AUGGAGCUCCUCAAGGACAGGUCCUCAUACUCUUCAGAAGACCUACUAUUGGAGGCCGGUGCAACCAUCUCUGGUGGCCUAAAACAGGGACUUAAACCCCCAUCACUGGAGGACCGGGACCUAGUCACAGCAACACUCCUUAAAAAUAUGUUCCCUGAAAAACACGCUAAUAUCUUACUGGAUAUAGCCUGCAUCAAGGAAGCCGUGGAGAAUGCGGUAAAGAGAGUUGCCAUAUCGGAGGCUUCAAAUACAGUCCAUGACACUAGACUCACAGAUGUGGAAAAGAAGUUGGAAGAACUCUAG